AAUUCUUUGGGUUUUGACCCUUGUCCCUCCCAGGUACCCGUUUGAGCCCCCCAAGAUUCGCUUUCUGACCCCCAUCUACCACCCAAACAUUGACUCAGCUGGAAGGAUUUGUUUGGAUGUUCUGAAGUUGCCCCCAAAGGGUGCAUGGAGACCUUCCCUGAACAUCUCCACACUGCUGACCUCCAUCCAGCUGCUGAUGGCUGAGCCCAACCCUGAUGACCCUCUCAUGGCAGAUAUAUCCUCACAGUACAAGUACAACAAGCCCCUGUUCUUGCUGACUGCCAGG